UGGUGGGGAAAGCUGACACCACAGGGGAGAGCUAGCAACCUAGUGCCCUGGCGGCAGGCAGCGAGGGCUGCAGGCUCCUCUUCCUGGGACAGAAGGUGGAUCCUAAUUCAAGUAGCCCUGGGCUGCCUUUGCCGGCCGCUGGCUGUGUGACCCUGGGCAUGCUCUUGCCACUUACCUGUGUAAUGAAGCUGUUGGUCAGAGGGUUCUGGUAGGAUCACGGAGGUGGAGGAGGGCUCACCCAAGGCCUGUCACAGAACAGUGCUCAGUGACUAGGAUGGUGUUAAUACUAUAUGGGCCCUUUCUCUAACCUGUCUCACCUCUGUCCCAGGGUCCAAGAGGACCAGGCACUCCAUCCAUCUCUGGGGACAGAACCAGGGUCCAAAAUCUACUCCACACGAUAUAUCUGCCAGUGGGCGUUGUGUAUGCCACCAUUUGGGCCUCAGUUUCCUCAUCAGGCACUCACUUGCCUGCCCUCCCUCUAUCUCCCCCUCCCUCCUCUGAGUGUGUGUGUGUGUGUACAUAGUGGACCCAGUAAAUGUUGGCUGGAUGGCACUGGCUUUGGGAGGAACCAGCCCUGUUCUAUCAGUGUCUGCUCUGGAACUCCCCUCCUGUCCAGUGUCACUGCUGAUGUCCUAGCACAGGUUGCCUCCCUGAUUGCAGGAGCUCUGUCCCCUGGGCCCACUUCCUUCUCCACCACGCCCGAGGCGGGCCCUGAAGCUACCUGCCCAACACCCAGGCAAGGACAGAUGGAAGAUUGAGAUCAGGUGCUACAAAUGUCAGGUGGAACUACCUGCCAGGCUGUCCUCUCACUGUCCUUCAUCCUGCCCACUGCUGGCUGAUGGAACCUCACCCCUGCUCUGGGCUUCAGCCAGGCCCUCGGCAGGCAGACAUUGUAUGUCAUCCCGCGGCACUCCACGGCUGCUCUUUGGGCCAUCAUCCUCAGCUGACUAGGGCUUCCUUCCAUUGCUCAGGUGUAGAAGAGGAGUGAGCAUAGAAAGCUGAUCCCAUGCCCCAGGAAGGAGGAAAGAUAGAGCAGGCAAGUAGGUAAAAGGAACGGGCCUCUGGGUGCUUGCAUGGCCUGGUGCACACCAAGGGUAGAGACCAAGGCCCCUGUGUCUCUCCAGGAGGCGGCAUGCGUCAUCUCAAGCUUAGACUUGUGAGUCUGAGGACCAUGUGAUGCACUGGGUCCCUUUGCAGGAGGACUUAAAGGGACUUAAAGGACUUAAAGGGAGGACUUAAAGCACACCUUGGGAUAGCCAUACUAAGGUGAGGCAGCCACUCGGAACCAGGAAGUUCUUAAAGAUGUGUACACAUGGCUUCCAGUAGUCAAAAGACUUCUCUUAGCCUAAGCCUCUUACUGCAUCCCCCAAGUUAAGACAUGAACACUCUGUCCUGGGGGUAGGCAUGCCUUUCCAAGUUUUCCAAAGCCUGGUUUCCCAAACCCAAGGUUGGGGUUGAGUGUAAGGAUUUUAUCAGCACUGAGAUCUUUACAAACUACCUAAGUUUAUUAUUUUUGCUCAGCUGCACUGUAUCCCAGGAAAGGACCCCAACUGUUGCAUGUUGGGGCAAGAGGAAGGCAUAUGAGAGAGAAAGGCCUUAAGGCCCUGUAGUCUACCCAGGUAGGGUCUGACUCCCAGAUUGUCUUGUUUUCAUUUCUGGCAAGGCAGAUGAAGCCCUUUAGGGCAGGUCUGUGUUGGUUCUGGUGCUUGGGCAUGUGAAUCCUUACCUCCUGAAAACUCCUGGGGUAGAAUUUAGGGAGUCCUAGCUGAGAACAGUAUCUGCCUUCAGUAGCUCUAAGCCUGGGCUCCCCUGCUCUUCCUGGUACCUGCAAGCUCUGACCUCCUCAUCCCCAGCACCUAGAGUGUCCCUUCUUUGCUCACAGGAUACAGCUGUACUUCAUCUUGGCUCAGGUCCUGACAUCCCCAGUCUCUAUGCCCAACAGCCCCUGGCAUGGAGACCUUCUUUAGGAAGCAUUUCCAGCGAAAGGCACCCAGUCCUGGAGAGAGGCAGCGGCGGUCCAGUGGCGUGGGGCUGCCCACAGGCAAGGCUCGCCGCCGCUCCCCUGCAGGGCAGGCCUCCUCUUCACUGGCCCAGAGACGCCGCUCCAGUGCACAGCUCCAGGGCUGUCUUCCCAGCUGCGGGUUGAGCACCAGAGGUGCCAGCCGCAGGCGCUCCAGCACUGCGCCCCCUGCCUGCAACCCCCGCUUCGUGGUAGAUAUGGUGCCCACCCCACAGCCUGCCACUAUUGGAGCCCAGCUUCUGGGUGCACCCCUGCUGUUGUCUGGGCUCCUGAGCAUGAAGGAGGAGGAGGAAGAAGGGGCCCAGGAGGGAGAUGAGGCAGCUGGGGCAUCAAGUGAUGCCAAGACAGGUACCAGGACAAGGCCCUCCUCACACCAGGGUACCUGGCCAUUGCUUCCCGUGGCCCGCUGCCUGCGCCGAGCCUCCUGCCAUCUUCUCCCUGCUGAUGGUCACACUCUUUGGGGCCUUCAUGGGCACUAUCGCCGCCUCAGCCAACGGUGGCCAUCAGGCCAGAACCCUGGUCUUGGGGGCCGAAGUCAGAGAGCCUUGGGCACUGCAGCAGGCCCCUUGGUACCGGCCUGUGUGCGCCCGCUGUCUCGCAGGCGCCAGGUAGCUCUAAGGCGGAAGUCAGCUGGACCACAGCCCUGGAACACCCUGCUUAUGAAAGCCAUCACCAAGUCGGGCCUCCAGCACCUGGCACCCCCUCCUCCCACGCCUGGGACCCUGUGUGGUGAAUCUGAGCGGCAGAUCCGGAGCACUGUGGACUGGAGUGAGUCAGCAGCGUAUGGGGAGCACCUCUGGUUUGAGACCCACGUGUCCGGUGACUUCUGCUAUGUGGGGGAGCAGUACUGUGUAGCGAAGAUGCUGCAGAAGUCAGUGCCCAGAAGAAAGUGUGCAGCCUGCAAGAUCGUGGUGCAUACCCCAUGCAUCGAACAGCUGGAGAAGAUCAAUUUCCGCUGUAAGCCAUCCUUCCGUGAAUCAGGCUCCAGGAAUGUUCGUGAGCCAACCUUCGUAAGACACCACUGGGUCCACAGGCGACGCCAGGAUGGCAAGUGUCGGCACUGUGGGAAGGGCUUCCAGCAGAAGUUCACCUUCCACAGCAAGGAGAUCGUGGCCAUCAGCUGCUCCUGGUGCAAGCAGGCGUACCACAGCAAGGUGUCCUGCUUCAUGCUGCAGCAGAUCGAGGAGCCCUGCUCCCUGGGCGUGCAUGCAGCUGUGGUCAUCCCGCCCACCUGGAUCCUGAGGGCCCGGAGGCCCCAGAACACCCUCAAGGCCAGCAAGAAGAAGAAGAGAGCAUCCUUUAAGAGGAGAUCCAGCAAGAAAGGACCUGAGGAAGGCCGCUGGAGACCCUUCAUCAUCAGGCCUACCCCAUCCCCCCUCAUGAAGCCCCUGCUGGUGUUUGUGAACCCCAAGAGUGGGGGCAACCAGGGCGCUAAGAUCAUCCAGUCUUUCCUGUGGUAUCUGAAUCCUCGACAAGUCUUUGACCUGAGCCAGGGAGGACCCAGGGAAGCACUGGAAAUGUACCGAAAAGUACAUAAUUUGAGGAUUCUGGCUUGCGGGGGUGAUGGCACGGUUGGCUGGAUUCUCUCCACCCUGGACCAGCUGCGCUUAAAACCACCGCCCCCUGUGGCCAUCCUGCCCCUGGGCACUGGCAAUGACCUGGCCCGAACCCUCAACUGGGGUGGGGGUUACACAGAUGAGCCUGUGUCAAAGAUCCUUUCCCAUGUAGAGGAGGGGAAUGUGGUACAGCUGGACCGCUGGGACCUCCGAGCUGAGCCCAACCCUGAGGCAGGACCUGAGGAACGAGAUGAUGGAGCCACCGACCGGCUGCCCCUGGAUGUCUUCAACAACUACUUCAGUCUGGGCUUUGAUGCCCACGUCACCCUGGAGUUUCAUGAGUCUCGAGAAGCCAACCCAGAGAAGUUCAACAGCCGCUUUCGGAACAAGAUGUUCUAUGCUGGGACGGCCUUCUCUGACUUCCUGAUGGGCAGCUCCAAGGACUUAGCCAAACACAUCCGAGUGGUGUGUGAUGGAACGGACCUAACCCCCAAGAUUCAGGACCUGAAACCCCAGUGCAUCGUUUUUCUGAACAUCCCCAGGUACUGUGCAGGCACCAUGCCCUGGGGCCACCCUGGAGAGCACCAUGACUUUGAGCCUCAGCGGCAUGAUGAUGGCUACCUCGAGGUCAUUGGCUUCACCAUGACAUCCUUGGCAGCGCUGCAGGUGGGUGGGCAUGGCGAGCGCCUGACCCAGUGCCGAGAGGUUCUGCUCACCACUGCCAAGGCCAUCCCCGUGCAGGUGGACGGCGAGCCCUGCAAGCUCGCAGCGUCACGCAUCCGGAUCGCCCUGCGCAACCAGGCCACUAUGGUGCAGAAGGCCAAGCGCCGGAGUGCCGCCCCACUGCACAGCGAUCAGCAGCCAGUUCCUGAGCAGCUAAGGAUCCAGGUGAGCAGGGUCAGUAUGCACGACUAUGAGGCCCUGCACUACGACAAGGAGCAGCUCAAGGAAGCCUCUGUGCCUCUGGGCACUGUGGUGGUCCCUGGAGACAGCGACCUAGAGCUCUGCCGCGCCCACAUCGAGAGACUCCAGCAGGAGCCUGAUGGCGCUGGGGCCAAGUCCCUGACAUGCCACCAACUAUCCUCCAAGUGGUGUUUCCUGGAUGCCACCACUGCCAGCCGCUUCUACAGGAUCGACAGGGCCCAGGAGCACCUCAACUAUGUGACGGAGAUUGCCCAGGACGAGAUUUAUAUCCUAGACCCUGAGCUGCUGGGGGCAUCAGCCCGGCCUGACCUUCCCACCCCUACCUCCCCACUCCCUGCUUCCCCCUGCUCCUUGACACCCGGCGCUUCCAAGAUUUCUCAUUCAUUGUUUGGCUGGUGUCUGAGCUUGGAUGUGAGCCCGACAAGGCCAAAGUCUCAUCUAUCUAGCUCCCUGCUUGUACCCCACAGUGUGCGGUCACUGCAGGGGGAUGCCGCACCGCCUCAAGGUGAAGAGCUGAUUGAAGCUGCCAAGAGGAAUGACUUCUGCAAGCUCCAGGAGCUACACCGGGCAGGAGGUGACCUCAUGCACAGGGACCAGCAGAGCCGAACACUCUUGCAUCACGCAGUCAGCACUGGUAGUAAGGAGGUGGUCCGCUAUCUGCUGGACAAUGCGCCACCAGAGAUCCUUGAUGCUGUGGAGGAGAACGGGGAGACCUGUCUGCACCAGGCCGCCUCCCUGGGCCAGCGCACCAUCUGCCACUACAUUGUGGAAGCUGGGGCCUCCCUCAUGAAGACAGACCCCCAGGGCGACACUCCCCGGCAGCGAGCUGAGAAGGCUCAAGACACAGAGCUAGCUGCCUACCUGGAAAACAGACAGCAUUACCAGAUGAUCCAGCGAGAGGACCAGGAGACGGCUGUGUAGUUAAGGGGACCAUGGAUCAACGAGGGACACUACCAGAGGACGAGAGCUCUCCUUGGCCACCUCACUGCCACAUUCCUGUCAGGCGGCUAUGGGGGGACCCUGCCCAGGGAAGGAGCCCCGUGCCACCCCCUGAGAAGACGCUCAGUAGGGCUGGACUCUCAAGGAGCUGGACUCUGACCUGUCCCUGGUUUCAUGGGGCACAGGAAACAGGCUAGGCUGGCAGGGUCCCUUCAGGGGCAGCCUCCCCUUCCCCACAGCAGAUGGAAGGGCUGGACGGAGCUCAGCGUCAAGGACUGCUCUCAGCAGGAUGUUCGCAAGCCACCUGGUCCUGCGGGCUGGAGGCUUCUGGGUGCCUGCCCCUUCUCUCUUGACCCACCCACCCUGGGCCUCUCAGAAUCUCAAGAGCCUGCUGUAUUCACUUGCCCGAUGCCCUGCUUGGCACCUUCCCCGAUGACCCUCCGGAGUCAUGUACCCAGUCAUUUCAUUUCGGACUGUAUGGCCUGGGGUGGGGGUGGGCCCCCACGGUGGCUUGUUUACAGCUGGGUGUGACUCAGUAAAGUGAAGUUUUUUUCCUUU